GCGGCGGCGGGGGCUCGAGCCAUGGAGCACGUGACGGAGGGCUCCUGGGAGUCGCUGCCGGUGCAGCUGCACCCGCGCGUGCUGGGCGCGCUGCAGGAGCUGGGCUUCCCGUACAUGACGCCGGUGCAGUCCGCCACCAUCCCUCUGUUCAUGAGGAACAAAGACGUGGCUGCGGAAGCGGUCACGGGGAGCGGCAAAACCCUCGCUUUUGUCAUCCCCAUCCUGGAAAUUCUCCUGCGAAGGGAAGAGAAGCUGAAGAAGAGCGAGGUGGGCGCCAUAGUCAUCACCCCUACGCGCGAGCUGGCCAUUCAGAUCGACGAGGUGCUCUCGCAUUUCACCAGGCACUUCCCGCAGUUCAGCCAGAUUCUUUGGAUCGGAGGCCGGAAUCCUGGAGAAGAUGUCGAGAGGUUUAAGAAGCAAGGCGGGAACAUCGUCGUGGCAACGCCGGGCCGCCUGGAGGACAUGUUCCGGAGGAAGGCUGAGGGCUUGGACCUGGCCAGCUGUGUGAAAGCCCUGGAUGUCCUGGUGCUGGAUGAGGCCGACCGACUUCUGGACAUGGGCUUUGAGGCCAGCAUAAACACCAUCCUGGAGUUCCUGCCGAAGCAGAGGAGGACGGGCCUCUUCUCCGCCACACAGACGCAGGAGGUGGAGAACCUGGUGAGGGCCGGCCUGCGCAACCCCGUCCGCAUCUCGGUGAAGGAGAAGGGCGUGGCGGCCAGCAGCACACAGAAGACGCCAUCCCGCCUGGAGAACUCCUACAUGGUGUGUAAGGCGGAUGAGAAGUUUAACCAGCUGGUGCAUUUUCUUCGCAAUCAUAAGCAGGAAAAACAUCUCGUCUUCUUCAGCACCUGCGCCUGCGUCGAGUACUACGGGAAGGCUCUGGAGGCCCUGGUGAGGGGCGUGCAGAUCCUGUGCAUUCACGGCAAGAUGAAGCACAAGCGCAAUAAGAUCUUCAUGGAGUUCCGCAGCCUGCCGAGUGGGAUCCUGGUGUGCACGGACGUGAUGGCCCGCGGAAUAGACAUUCCCGAAGUGAACUGGGUUUUGCAGUACGACCCGCCCAGCAGUGCGAGUGCGUUCGUGCAUCGCUGUGGUCGCACCGCACGCAUCGGCCAUGGUGGCAGUGCUCUGGUGUUCCUCCUGCCCAUGGAAGAGGCUUAUGUCAAUUUCCUAGCAAUUAACCAAAAAUGUCCCCUGCAGGAGAUGAAACUCCAGAGGAACCCAGCGGACCUGCUGCCCAAGCUCAGGUCCAUGGCCCUGGCCGACAGAGCUGUGUUUGAAAAGGGCAUGAAAGCCUUCGUGUCCUACAUCCAGGCCUAUGCGAAACACGAGUGCAGCCUCAUCUUCAGGGUAAAGGAUCUCGAUUUUGCCAGCCUUGCUCGCGGCUUUGCCCUGCUGAGGAUGCCCAAGAUGCCGGAACUGAGAGGGAAGAACUUUCCAGACUUUGUGCCUGUGGACGUUGAUACGGACACGAUCCCAUUUAAAGAUAAAACGAGAGAAAAGCAGAGGCAGAAACGGCUGGAACAAAGGAAAGAGAAAAGUGACAAUGAAGGGAGAAGAAAAUUCAUAAAAAAUAAAGCUUGGUCCAAGCAGAAGGCCAAAAGGGAGAAGAAGAAAAAAAUGAAUGAAAAAAGGAAAAGGCAAGAGGGCUCCGAUAUCGAAGAGGAGGACAUGGAGGAACUCCUUAAUGACACAAGGCUCUUGAAGAAGUUAAAGAAGGGCAAAAUCACCGAGGAAGAAUUCGAGAAGGGGGUGUUGACAAGCGGCAAAAGGACGAGCAAGGCGGCGGAUGUCGGGAGCUCUGACGUGGAAGACGCCUGCUGAUUCCCGCGUCCCUGGUGAGAAGCACGAGGCCAGGGCCGGCUGGCGAGCACCAGCCCCUCAGUCAGACACGAGGGGACUGCACACUUGUCUGGGUGUUACUGAAAUCCCAGCAGCCUUGGAGGCAGGUGUCACAGGAGGAAGUGUGACACGGAGUGAACACGGGUGUCAGCGCUGGCCUUGAUCGCUGUCUGUCCAGAGCUCAUUGUCCCUGAGGUUUCGUACUGAAGUCUGCUUUAUGCAGCUCCUUAGCACCGUCGGCCUCCCGACCGCCCUGGGCCCCUGCGCCUACACGUUCCACCCUCGGAGCCCUGCCUGCAGCUCCUCACGGCAGGCUAGUGUGCUGGGGUUUGUGUUGUUUUUUAAGAAUCAUCCCCAGGCAAGUAUCAGAAAAGCAGAGGAAUCGGGUCAUACUCUGGGCAGAACAUUUUGAAUUUCACGCCUCCUGUUGAGUAAACCAUGUCUUUCUGAUUGGCAUUUUGUUGUUGUGGAGCGGCAGACAGCUCCUACGCACCAACUCGCUGCCCUAAAGCCUGCAACAGCUCGGGCUGGGCCAGGCCAAAGCCAGCAGCCCCAGGACACAAUCCAGGUCCCCGAGGGUGGCAGGAAGCCCGUCACCUGAACUGUCAUCAGUGACUCCCGCGUCUGCAUCAGCAGGGAGCUGGAGCUGGAAGCCAGGACCGAGACUGGAGCCCAGGAACUGAGGUGGGCACGCGAGCGUAUUAACCACCAGGCCAACGCCCGGCCUGGCUGUGGGUGUGCGUGCCGCUGCUGUGUCUGCACCAGAAGGGCCGGCCUGCCUUACUGAUGCACACAUCAACAUCGUGUUCCUAGUUUAUUUGAAAAGAUGCCAAACCUGUUCCCAGGCAGGGUGUUUCCAAGCUGUUUAGGACCCAGACACAUGUAAAGGAAGUCAGCAUCUCACAGAGGCAGAAUGUGAGCCUGCAGUGCUGGGGAGGGUGUCUCUGCGUGUGCCAGGCCGUGCCGGCUACGAGUGCCCCAUGCUGUUUCUGCCUUCCCCUCGGUGGUCUCUCCCGCGGGGCGGGAGCCAGUGCAGGGAUGCGGCACUCGGCCCUGUUCCCCGCCUAAGCCAGAGGCACACUCGUGUUCUUCGCCUUCCCGCAAGGCACCGUGAUGGGCGUCCUGGCUAGUGAUGGUCACGCCGUAGAGGCCUGGUUCUGCUUUCGGCAAACUGUUCGGUGAGCUGAACACCUAGGAUGAGCUUCUGGAAACCAUAAGCCCCGUUUGGGUUGAGGGCCAUGAAUGCAUUACUGAGGCGAGUAAAAGAGACCCCAAGAUUUCAGACUUCAAGUUUCUAGUGGUCCAUAAGUGUUCAUUAAAACACAGUGCAGUUCUGGCCGGCUCGCUGGGGGCAUUGGCAGACAGGGGCCUGCGUUACAGAUACAACUUGAUGAGCUCAUCGCUGACCGCGGAGGGCGUCAGCACGCCCAGGUCCGUGAACAGCAGGGUGAUCAAGGAGGGGGCGGUGUAGUCGACCCACGGGUGCUCCUCUUUGAGGUCCUGCCCGGUCUCCACGGACUUGAGCAGAGUGUCUGCCUUGUACUGCGGGGACAAGAGCACGUGUUAGUGGGAGGCCUUGCGCCAGCUCGGGCGUGCUGCUACCUCAGACAGCUCUGGCGGCAUGUGGCCAGGAGGGGGCCAGUGCCUACCACGUGCCAGGCCCUGUGGACAGCCGGAGUCCCCAGCUUCCGUCAGAUGACAGACAGGAAGCAAGCCAAGUGACAGUGAGAGCACUUGCCCCUGGUCACACGUUUGCAGGGGUGGGGGGGAGCUGAGUGGAUUCCAAAGCUGGGACCCUGGCUGCCAGCUUCCUGGCUCCUCUUCCCACACUCCACUGGCUGUGUGGGCAAGGGGCUGCAGACUGAAAUUCUGGAGACAAACAUGGGAGUGCAAGUUCCAGGACCCCCGACUGAUGCUGGAAAGAAUGGCAGUGGCAGGUGAACGCCUAACUGGAACGCUGGUGGCACUAGGUCUUCCAAGGGUUAGGCCGAGUCUCCCGUGUCCCCUUCCCGUGCCCCCCUCUUGCCUUAAACUUAUCCGGCACGUCCUGCUGGUUGAGCGGGAAGAGCCGCACAAACUUGAAGCUUUCUGCGACCACGUAAAAGGGCUUGUUCUGUGCCUUGGCGCACACAGCCAUCUGGUUGGUUCCAAUCUGGGAAGACAGGAAAUGGCGAAGGAGCUCCUAGAGCACCUCUGACGUGGAACCCGCAGCAAGGGCACAGGGCUUGGAGCCAGAGGGCCUUUCAAAGAGGUCCCAGGGUCAAAGGUCCCUCCGCACCCGAGAAGACGCCCAGCAUCACUCGUCCUGAGGGUCCCGAGGGAAAUGGACCUCAGAACCUCAAUGAGACACCAGCCAGGGCUUCGGCUCGGAUCCACCGUGUUCACAGGGGCAGGACACAGAACCAGCCCAAGCAGCUCUCUGGAAUGAACACAUAGUGCGUCCCCUGACUUUAGCGCCACACAUCACGUGGUACUGCGUAAACAUGCAGGCUGCUUAUGGAUCAGUUAAAAAGGGAACGCAGUGAGGGCCGGACACGUGCCCCGAGCAUACACCUCGACAACACCGUGCCCAGCCACAGGAGUCGCGCUCCCAGGUAGCAGGAAGCAGAGUGGAGACGACCAGGGCCUUCAGGGAGACUGAAAGGCUGUUAGGUGUUUAAUCGGGACAGACUGCGUUAGGAAAGAAUGGAGAAGUUCUGGAAACAGACAAGGUUAGUGUAGCGAGGCUGUGAAUGGACUCAGUGCUGCUGAACCGCACUCACUACGUGGAAAUCUCAUUCAUGUAUCAACCGCAAAUGAGAACAAACCGCAGACCGACGUUUCCCAGUUAAGCAGUGCACACAGAAGAUGAUGAAUUACACUGAGGUCAAUGCCAAAUUAAAAUGACAACAAGACUGCCAACCCCAGCUCUAAUUAAGACUCGUUUUGUGUAAAUACAAAUUAUGCUGUGUAAAUAUAAAUUACCCCAUCUUAAUUUAUGCAGAUCAAUCUCCAAGGAAAAUCAGAACAAAAUUUGAUUGAGCAGUGCAGUGGCUUUGGGAACUCACAGGGUGGCCCUGAAGCGGAGAGGCACACAGCACUGUCAGCGCCCAGGUCAGCGGGGACAGGGGCGGCCCCUACCUUGUUAAUGAUCCCUCCGUUUUCCACAACUCCUUCAGCACCAACUAUGACGAGGUCCACUUUCUCCAUGAUAUAGCUAAAGGGAACAAGAACAGAAGUGCUGUCGACACUGGGCCCUCUGGGAAGAUCACCAUUCCCUUUUCUGCACAGAAGGCGCCAGCUGGCCAGCGCCGUGGCUCAACAGGCUAAUCCUCCGCCUUGCGGCGCCAGCACACCAGUUCUAGUUCAGGUCGGGGCGCUGGAUUCUGUCCCGGCUGCCCCUCUUCCAGGCCAGCUCUCUGCUGUGGCCCGGGAGUACAGUGGAGAAUGGCCCAAGUGCUUGGGCCCUGCACCCCAUGGGAGACCAGGAGAAGCCCCUGGCUCCUGAUCAGCGUGGUGUGCCGGCUGCAGCGCUCCAGCCGCGGCAGCCAUUGGAGGGUGAACCAAUGGAAAAGGAAGACCUUUCUGUCCACUCUGUCCAAAAAAAAAAAAAAAAAGCCAGCUACGAUGACCUUUUCUCAAAAGAGCACUCGAGCCCUGGCACUGUGGCAGAGGCACACGGCAACCUCAGCCAGGAGCGUGUGUGGCUCAAACAAGGGCGUGGCUGCCUCCAGGGGUAUUGAGAGCGUUCCCGACUUCCUUCACCGCCCGCCUUGGGCGCUUGCCUCCCACGAACCAUCACUGCUGUUCUCACACCCACAAUCCAAGGGACGCGUGACGCUGGUCUCGGGAGAGAAGCUGCCUGGGUGAGCUGAGUGCCCAGCUCACUGCUGCUCCUUCCUCCCAGGAGAGCCCAGCCUGCAUGGGGGCUGCCCCAGCACCCAGGACACGACAGCCCAGCCUGGCCACGGCUGGCCCCGGGAGCAGCUGAGCCUUGGCUGGAGAGCACGGAUGACCCUGACCGCCGACCCACCCGGCCUUUGGCACCUGGCUCUUUCAGUCAGUGCACUGACCCUCCUGCCCGUGGCACAUGGCUCAGUGGGUGACACCCCACAGCCCAUCUUCCACCCACACUGUCCAGACCUCAUAAUGCCUUGCUUGUUAGGGCAGCUAUUAAUUAAGAGGCGGGACGCUGCCCAGGCGGUUUUAUGACGGCCUCAAACCUUCCCCCUGGGGUGGGCAGGGGCUGAUGGCCACGCCGAGGAGCAGGUGCUUACCCGACAGCAGCGUCCAGCACCACGGUGACGGGGACGUUGAGGUGGCAGAGGGCUUUGGCCAUUUUCUUACUGAAGAUGACAUUUUGAGAAUGUUAGAUAAAGUCCAAAACGUCCCGAGUGAUGUCCCUGAGUCACAGGAGUUGGGCAGUGACAGACCGUGCCAGUGGAAGCUCAGUUAUAUGGACUGCGGUGCUUGCACUUGGGCUCCUUUAGAAAAGAACCGAAAGGCAGCUGGACAGAAGAGGAGGGAGGGGAGAGUCUUCCAUGCUAGACGCCUGCAGCAGCUGGGGCUAGGGCAGGCAAAGCCAGGACCAGGAAUGCCAUCGGUCUCCCACGAGGAUGGCAGGGGCCCAAGUAUCUGGGUCAUCUGCCGCCUCCCAGGUGCACUGGCAGGGAGCUGGACUGGAGGCAGAGCGGACAGGACAGGAGUGGUGCUCCAGCACAGGAUGUGGGUUUCUCAUGUGGUGGCUUAGCCUGGUGUGCCACGACACCCAGCCUGAGAACUGGGUUCAAUAGGGUUCUUUAGGAAGCAGUAUGUCAGGAGAACUACACUCUCAGGGACUCUGGGUAAGACAAGGAAACUAAAAGAAAAAAAGAGAUGUUUUGCUUUAUCUUCCAUAUAGAGAUGGAGAUGUCAAUUACCUAUUCCUUGAUAAGAACUUUUUUAAAAUUUUUAUUUGUUUGAAAGAGUUACAGAGAGGUAGAGACAUAGAGGUUUUCCAUCCACUGGUUCACUCCCCAAAUGGCCACAACGGCUGGAGCUGACCCAAUCUAAAGCUAGGAAACCUCCCAGGUCUCCCACGUGGGUGCAGGGGCCCGAGGACUUGGGCCAUCCUCUGCUACUGUCCCAGGCACAUGAGUGGGGAGCUGGAUCAGAAGUGGAGCAGCCAGGUCUUGAACCAGUGCCAUUCGAGAUUCCAGCACUCCAGGCCGGGACUUUAACCAGCUGUGCCAUAGCGCUGACCAUGGUAAAAAUUUUUCAAUGAAAUAAUCUCUUGGAUCGAGCAUGCUGGCCCAGUGGGUUAAGCUGCCACCUAAUGUGCUGUUAUCCCACAUGAGAGCCAGUUCAAGUCUCCGCUGCUCCAAUUCCGAUCCAGUCCUUGCUCAUGUGCCUGGGAAGGCAGUGGAAGAUGCCCAAGUACUUAGGCACCACCACCCACGCUGGGAGAUGACAAUGGAGUUCCCAGCCCCUGGCUUUGGCCUGGCUCAGCCCUGGCUGUCUUGGCCAUUUGGGGAGUAAACCAGCAGAUGUCUCUGUCUCCUCCCCUAUCUCUAAAAUUCUGCUUUUCAAACAAAUCUUGCUAAAAACAAACAAAAAUAAACAAUUUUGUACUAUG